UUUUUUUCGUGAAUUAUCGACGUACGUCUUAGCGAUUAGACUAGAGCGUAUAUACGUGCAUAGUUUUAUCUAAUCUCUUUUUGUUGUUAACAAAAACUUUAGUUUAAUAUUAAUUAUUCUUAACAGAAACAAUAGUUUAAUAUUAUCGCUACAAAACAAUAUUAUGAAAUAAGAUUUAUCAUGUCAACGGGGAAACUUACUUUUUCUAGAUAUAGACAAAUGCGAUUGUACUCAACAAAAGAAAAGAUGAAAGUUAUAAAUGAUGUUAAUGAAUUACUUUCAAGUAAAAAUAUUAAACAUAAGGAACAUCCAGGUAUAAUGAAACCUAGGCUUGUAGAUCAACCUAGUUGGCUUCAAGACACAAUUCUAAAAGUUUUAUCUGAGAAAAAUAUUUCACUAAAAGUCAUAUAUAAUUGCAGUCAAAGACUAGCAAAUUACUUACAUAGUCGAUAUCCUCCACCAGAAAAAGAAGAUAUUCGUUUAAAAAUGGAAGAAGUUAAAAAAAAACUAUAUGGAAAUGAAACGCUGAAUUUAAAUAAUAAUUUGAUAUUUGAAAAUCCAAAUGCUCAAAGACUUCUCAAAUCUUUGGUAUAUAAUUGGGCACCAAUCCAAUAUGAUACAUACACAAGUCUAGCGUAUUUAACAAGUAGAAGUAUGCCUGAAUAUUCUGCUUUAUAUAAAAUUUUUAAUGAAAUUGUUAAUCGUGAUAAAGACUUCAGCCCACAAACAUUAUUUGAUUUUGGUUCAGGUACUGGAACAGUUAUGGCAGCCUCACAAUUCUGGAUAGAUACAAUUAAGGAAUAUUAUUGUGUUGAUAUUUCUAAAGAUAUGAAUGAAUUGUCUGAAUAUCUCAUAAAAAGAGCUGUACCAAAUAUUAAACAAAAGUACAUUUUCUAUAGACAAUUUUUUCCUGCAUCUCCAAUUCCAACUUAUGAUAUUGUGGUUAGUGCAUAUUCUUUACUGGAAUUACCAAACCAAAUCUCUCGUCUUGAAACAAUUUUAAAAUUAUGGCAAAAAACAGAACAGUAUUUAAUUAUUAUAGAACAAGGGACAAAUGCUGGAUUUAGAUGUCCUCAUGAUAAAACGUGUCCUAUACAUAUACAAAAUGAUCGUCCUUGUAAUUUUGAAAUUGCUUAUUUGACGUUAUUUAUUAGUGAAAAAUCUAAAUAUAAACGUGAGAAUUAUUCGUACGUGGUAUUCAAAAAAGGUAAACGCCCUGAAGAUGAUUUAAAAUGGCCGCGAAUUGUGAGAGAUGUAUUAAAACGUUCUAGACAUUGUAUAUGUCGCAUGUGUACAUCUUCCGGAAAAUUAGAGGAACAAAUUUUUACCACAUGGAAAAGUGGAAAAAAUACAUAUCGUUGUGCAAGGAAUAGCAAAUUAGGUGAUCGUCUGCCUUUUGAAAUUGAAAAAGUAAAAGAAGAAGAUGAAACAAUGGAACAGAAAGAAACAAAGGAAGAGGAAGAAUUUAAAUGAAAGGCUCAGAACAGGUUCAAAACAAAGAAUGUUAAUUUUGAUAAAUUUUGAAUUCCAAAUUUUUUCGCUUGCUAUGUAUGUGUAUAGCGAAUUAAAAUUUAAAGUUUUAGAUUUAUGUUAUUACAUGUAAAAAUAAAUAUUCGAUUGUAUUUA